CUAAUUGCAGGGGACUGCCUGCAGUCCCCCAUCACAGGUGCAUCCGAGCCAACAUUCUGCAGCGUGCGUCCGCAUCUCAAUAGCUGUUAAUGAUUCGUCAGCCCAAGAAAACACCCACCAACACCCCAUCAACGGUUGUAGACAAUUCACUAAAAAGCGUUGGCCGCGGCUUGUGGGACCCCGGGCUCUCGGGAAUGGCAUUCACAGCCGACGGUGGUAUGCAGUAUGCUGCUUUUGGCAGCCAGGGCACAGGGCAAUUUUUGAGUCAGCUCUGUUGAGUCAUCCGAGGCAUGACUGAGUUUGAGAAUCAUGCAAAUGGCUUCGUAUCGAGUAGCAGUACCUGUAUUGAUGAUUCU